AGUUUAUAGCCCUCCAUAAAAAGAAAUAGUUGUAACGGCACUCGACAGUAAGCAUAUUAAUGGUUUCUCUCUUGUGGCCCGUCAUACGCAGACCCUAUUCUAUGGGUAGGUCGAUUGCCGGUUGUCGAGACAUUCGCAAAACAUCUGCAGCCAGCCUAAUGACCCGUCAUAAACCUUAAACCUUAAUUAACGAAAAUAGGUAAACAGUCCUUUUUCCGCAAAUGACACUUCCGAAGACUAACCAAUUUAACAAUAACGGCAAUUUCUCUCACUCUCCGAACGAAGACUUGUCUCCACGAAUAUAAAAGGCCCGGGGCCACGAGAGAGUAGAGCAGUUUUUCCGAAACAGCGUGACAGUGAGAGCUUCGAGUACGACUAAGGUAUCAUUUCGACGGAGUGCUUAAUUCGCGUGCUAACUGAGAGUGCCACCAAAGAGUUGCCAACGAGUAAAGGGUAAAGGAGUCCCGUUGACCGCGGAUUCGUUAUCGGACCUAAGACUAUUGUCAUUCGCAUCGCGAGUACUUAACCGCCGCAGUUUAUUUGUCAAACUUCACAUCUCCAUACUUGUGCCAAUAAACUCUGGAUCGUACCUUGACAAUGGCUAAUACUGGCGAAGAUUCAUUACCUGCCGACACCUCCGACCCUACUGGCUCUCCGAUAUAUAUGGAUAAAGAUAAAACAAUGACAAUCAAUGAAGGAAAUCCUGUGCCGACCGCAACCUUUUCUUCAGAAUCGAUGACCACUUCCACCGGAAGCUUGGAUGAUGAUUCCACAACGACGUCACAACUUUCACCUUUUUCAUCAACAUCCUUUAUCGGAGAUUGUGUUUACAAAGGCGAGGGAAAUGCGAAUAUCGUAGUUGCACUUCCACAAGAGCAGAAAGUAAUUCGAUUUCGGAAAUCGCUGCCAGGUGAUGUUUCACCGGAUGGCGGCAAACAACGAACGGAACGACAAGUGGAAUUCGUGAGGUUUGUGGCUUUCUGUUUUUUGGGCCCGUACACGCAAGUCCCUGAGAUUCUUCGUUACGAUGCGAAAGACAUUGCUAAACUUUCAGAAGCUAUUCGACCUCUACGAUCAGAUAAACGACGUAAUAAGGAAAUCAUGGACAUAUAUGCCACAACAUUUCCGGAUUACACGUUUCUUCCAAUAAAAUUCGAUACUAAUCUCUUUCCAACUAACAGAACAUUUUGUGUUGAAAUUAAACCAAAACAGGGCUAUCUGCAAGAUAUUGAUCGGAAAUUUCAAAAAUGUCCUUACUGUCUGACACAAUAUUAUAAGUUAAGGAACAAGAUGAUUACAUGCCGUAGCACUUAUUGUCCGUUUGAUCUCUUCUCGGGAGUGGAAACUCGUAUGAAAUCGGCACUAAAAGCACUACUAACAUCACCACAGAAUAAUCUUAAGAUUUUUAAGGAUGGUGUUAUAGUUUAUGGCCAAGAAUCAACUUGCAGUGAUCUUGAACGUGUCUUGACGGAAUGGUUUCACAAUUCUAUUAAUUUUACAAAUAUAGAAUACAUUGAUCACUUUUGUAAUUUAAUUUGCACUGCUCUUUUACGUCCUCUUAUUUCGGAAGAAUUUAAGUCUAAUAUAUUUCCUGCGCAUGAAUUGCGCAAAUCUGUUAUCGAACAAGAUUCGAAGACGUCCUCAUACAUUAAUCCAGAUCUGAUAGCAAGAGCUAAGAAAUAUUUGUAUUUUACUGGAGAGACGUGCAACUUAAACGGGGAAAUAUUGCCAAAUAAUUCGGUACUAGAACGAAUACUUCAUAUGCAGCGGCUGCCUUUUAUUAGCUCAGAAUACGUUUAUAAUACGUAUUCAAAAUUUCGUUCAUGGCUAACUAAUGAUAUUAUAUAUUCUAAUUUAAUAAACAUGUUCAAACUUGAUGAUCGAAUAUCUUAUCCCAAACAAAAAAAAACUAUUAUAGGUAUUCCUGAAACAUUAAGAGACACUUAUAUACAAACAUAUGCCAAAGAUACUUCGAUUUCAAAAAAAUCCAAGUUUGACCACGACGAUUAUUGUGGCAACAAACGUAUUAAUAAAACUAGUGAAAAUAUCUUUAUAUCGAAACCAAUCUUAAUUCCAAUUGAAAAACAUAAUUUAUGGUACAAUAAAUUUAGCGUAUUAAGUAACGCAGAUAAAGUACACGAUAACGAAAAAGAAACAUAUUUUUAUGUAAAUACUGAAAGUAUACUAUGCCUGCAGAAUUAUCUCUUAUUUUCAUGUGCUAGAGAUUGUUCGAUAUUGAUGUCAUUUCGAGAAAUAAAUCCGAAUACAGUAUCGCCUGCUCUCGAUAAAAAUAUAAUACAACUUCCGGAUGGACUCAGUUUUGUUUGUAACAUCAGGAUUUCUGACAUAGAUCCGAAAAGUCUACAUUGCAUUGAAAAACAUCGGCAACGGGACAUCGAUGUUUUAAAUUCAGUAAUAUCCUUUCUAGAAGAAGAAUUUAUAAUUAAACAUCAAAAGUCGUUUGAAAAACGAUUACCGUAAUAGUAAUCUUCAACUAUAAAUUAGACCUUACUGUGUAACGUUGCUCUAUCCUCAUAUCUUUUAAAAAUAUAAAUGUUAUACAUAUAUGUAUGUUUUACGUAUCUCUAUGGUAUAUGUAAUAUUUAUAAAUGUAGAGAACAUAUGUAUAGCUGAUAUGUUUGUAGAACAUGUAUAAUACAGAAAUUAUAAUAUUUUUAUGUUACAGUUAUAUUGUAAAGUAUUCACAAUUAAUAAUGCAAAUUCACAAUUGUUCAUUAAAAUAUAUACUUUAUAUAUUCAUAUAUUCAUCUAACAUAAUCAGCAGGUUCAUUCCUCGGUCGACAUGAUAUUUUAGCUUGUUCUGAUAAUUUAACAAAAAUGUUUCAAACAAAAACUCAUCGGUAUCAGAUGAAGAAUGUGCGGAUGUAAAAAAGCUUCCAGAAGUUUCACUUUUCCAUUAACACACACACGGAGGGGAGGGGUAUCCUUUAUAUUUCUAUUAAAUAACACCAUAUAUCUUUCCUGUCAUAUUGUCAACAUGUAUCAUUUUAAUUAUCUGAUCCUAAUAACUUAAUUUGUUCCUAAAUCAGUACUUACACCUUGAUCGUCAAUACAUAUUGAUGUUCCUAAACAAAUGAAUGAAUUGGUGAUGAAGUUGUAAACUACAUUUUAUACAAACAAAUAAAUUAUAUUAUUAUAUGUAAUUAAAAAUCAACUUAUACUACAAAUAAGAAACAGAUUAUAUUGUUAUAGUAUCAGCUAGUUAAAAUGAUAUAUGUCUACAUAUUUAACAACGUUAUUAAAGUCGUCCUUUUCGGUAACUGAAGAAUAUGGCCAAAAAAUACAUAUAUGGUAUCAUUUGAAAAAUAAAGAACGAUUCAUGAUUUUUAUGAAAAAAUUACACUUUUAAUGUUUGAUACCACUGAACUUUUGUUUGAAACAUUAAUUUGUUCGAUUGCCGGAAUCAGCACAAAAAUCGUAAUUCAUGUACCACUCCGUAUAAAAAAAUAAUUAUACUAUUAUUUUAUCAAUAUAAUGAUCACUAGAUAAUCUCGGUAAUAUUUUUGUUUCAAAUUUUAAAUAUUAAUAUUUGCAUUCAGUAAAAUCAUUAUUUUAUUUAAAAAUUUGGAAAUAUUUAUAUAGUAUCUAGUUAUUAUUAAAUUAAGAUUUGUAUUUCUUAUGAUAAUAAUAUCGAGUUUAAUUAAAAGUAAUCUAAUGAUAAAUUAUUGUUCAUGGAUAACCAUUAGAUUAUUAAAUUUAAUUACCAUUAAUAUUUAAUAUUUAACAAAAUAAAAUGAAAGCAUGUACAUUACGUGAAAAUAUUUGUAACCGUUUACUUAAUAUAAAUUAAGUAAAUGCAUAGACGUCACAUUAAAUUUAUAAUGUACUGUAUAUCACAUCAUGUUUUAUUACUAACCUAUAUGCGAGUAUGUAAAUAUUUAACGAAAUAAAAAUGAUUUACAUUGUA